AUGGCUCGGAAAAAGAACUGGAAGCGCAUAGACGUGUCCACCGUGCACGAGUCGAUCGUCGAGAACAACAUCGCAAAGAGCGUGGCCCGGGACGGCAUCUCCGAUAAAAUAGAGAUCGAUGUCGUUGGUGCGACCCCGUCGAAGAAGCUCGCCAAAAAAAUCAAGGCGCAGCAGGCCGCCGGGCCCCUAGCAGCCCGUGGCGCUGUGGAAAAGGCCAAGCUGCGUAAGCUGGUGGAGAAGAUCAAGCAGAAGAAUGAGGCUAUCGAGGUCGAAACCGACGAAUCGGACGGCCGCCGCAAGAGGGAGAGCGACGACAUCUGGUCGGAGGACACGGAGCACUUCGUGAAGCGCCGCCCCAAGAUGCCCAACCUCGCCAAGGUCAUCCCCGCAGUUGCGGCGCCGCACGCAGGGCAGAGUUACAACCCCACCCCGGAGGCCCAUGCGGAGCUCGUCGACCAGGCGGUCCAGGCGCUGCCGAAGGAGGAGCUGGAAUCCGACUACCCGCUGACCGACCUCAUCGCGAAGGCGCUGCCGGCGCUGGAGGUCGAGCAGCUCAGCUUCAUACAGAAGCAGAAGUUGGCGCACCUGGUGGUGCAGAACAACGUCAGCGAGGAGGCCAUCAUGGAGGUGCUGCAGGAGCCCCCCGAGGACGGCGACGAAGAAGAUGAUGAUGACGACGACGACGACGACGAGGAGGGUAAGCAAGAGGGGCGCAGCCGCGCCAACCGGCUCAAGAAGAAGACGCGGGCCAAGCGUAACAGGAUAAAGCAGCACAAGGAAACCAUGAGGCAGGCGCAGAUGCGCAAACGCGUCAAACAGCUGGUGCACGACAUCCGCAGCAUGAAGAAGGAGGACGUCACCGCCGAGGAGACGAGCGCCAACCGUGAGGGCAUGGAGGAGCGGCUGCGGAGGUACCUCGCGGGCCUCGUGCAGGGCAAGAACGUCCCGAGGUUCGGAAACAAGGUCUACAGGGCCGACCCGCCGCCAGUGGCGCUGUCCGACGAGAUGAAGGCGUGCCUCAGGCAGCUGCAGACACCGACCAAGAGCCCGGUCGACCACGUGCUGGACUCCAUAUACCGCCGAGGGCUGGUGCCCGCGCCGCCCGUCAUCGACGAUAAGUACCACGAACGCGCGCGCAAGCGGGUCAUCAAGCACGCGGUGAAGUUCAAGAGCAAGCUGCUGCAAGGCACCUGA